AUGGAUGCAUUUAUAAUUCGUUCAACUGACAGCACUUCAGUGAGUGAACAACCAAAGAAAAAAAUUAAAUUAAAUAUCAGACGUCAAUAUCAUGAAGAUUAUUUAAACAUAGGAUUUUCUUGGUCCAGAAAUGUAGACGAUCCUCGUCCAUGGUGUCUUGUAUGUGGCGAAAAACUAUCAAAUGAAUCAAUGGUUCCGAGUAAACUAAAACGUCAUUUUUCCACUAAGCAUUCUCAUUUGGUUGAUAAAAAUGCUUCAUAUUUUCAACGUUUACUGAAAUCACAAACACGACAAUCUGAAAAAAUGACAAAAAUAGUGACCAUUUCUGAUAAAACUCAAGAAGCUAGUUAUCUAGUAGCAGAGCUUGUAGCUAAACAAAUGAAACCACACACUAUAGCAGAAAAACUUAUUUUACCUGCUUGCCGUGAAAUCGUAAAAGUACUUUUUAGUGAAGAAGCUGAAAAAGAAGUAUUAAAAAUUCCUAUAUCUGACAACACCAUUAGUAGACGUAUAGAACACAUGUCUGAAGAUAUUAAAGAACAAACAACUAAAGGUGAAGAUAUUUUCGAAAUCGUGGACCAUUAUCUGAAAUUUGCCAAUUUACCAUGGAAUAAAUGCAUUGGAGUAUGUACCGACGGAGCUCCCGCUAAGACUGGCUYAGUCAAAGGUGAUUUAAAGGAAGUUUUGGAUCAAGUUGUAAAAGUGAUAAAUUAUAUUAAAAGUAGUCCACUAAAGUCAAGGUUGUUUGAAAAAAUUUGUGAAGGUAUGGAUUCAGAUAACUCAAAAUUACUUUAUCACAGUGCAAUAAGAUGGUUAUCAAGAGGCCGGGUAUUAUCCCGUUUUUAUGAUUUGAGUGAAGAAAUAAUUGUAUUUUUAACAAUAGAAGAAUCGAAAUACGAGUUUCUUGGAGAUGAAAAGUGGUGGAUAAAAGUUUCUUUUUUAACUGAUAUUUUUGAACUUUUGAAUAAAUUAAAUACAAGCAUGCAAGGUCGUAACGAGAAUAUCCUAACAUCAUCUGACAAACWUAUGGCUUUAAAUGAAAAAUUAACUCUGUGGAAAACUCAAGUUGACCAAAAUAAAUUGACUAUGUUCCCACGAACUGCAGAGCGAAAUUUCGUUAAUUAG